UUGAAAAUCAAGAUGUCUGUUAGAGAACUAUCAAAUGUUGAAGUCGUAAGCAUUGAAGAGCCGGAUGAAAAACGUCAUGAACCACGAUGGGAGCCAGGUGAAGAAGGUAUUGGUGUAGGAGGUGGAAUAUUAUUCGCCCUGCUAGUCCUACUGUUUAUUGUUACCUUUCCAAUAACAAUAUUCUUUGCAAUACGUACUGUUAAAACCUAUGAGAGAGCAAUCAUCCUACGCUUUGGUCGUUUAAAGAGAAGUAAUGGAAAAUAUAUUUUAGGCGCUGGAUUACAAUUUGUUAUGCCAUGCGCUGAUCAGAUGAUUCGAGUCGAUCUACGUACACGCACUGUAAAUAUUCCACCACAAGAAAUAUUGACUAGUGAUUCAGUGACUGUGAGUGUUGAUGCUGUAGUAUUUAUGCGUGUGAUUGAACCGGCUGCCGCUUUGUUACGUGUUGAAAAUGCAGGGAAAUCAGCUGAGUUAUUAGCGGUUAGUGCAUUACGUUCAGUUUUGGGUACAUAUGAAUUAUCACAAUUGUUAACUAAUCGUGAUCAAAUCGAUGCGAAGUUAGCAACUCUACUGGAUCAAGCUACAGGUGAUUGGGGAAUUAAGGUGGAACGUGUUGAAAUUAAGGAUGUUUCAUUACCUCAGGAUAUGCAACGUGCAAUGGCAGCUGAAGCACAAGCAGUUAGAGCUGCAAAAGCCAAGGUGAUAGCAGCACAAGGUGAAUUGGAUGCUUCAACAACACUAAGAAAAGCUGCUACAGAAAUGGCAUUAUCACCGGUAGCUCUUCAGUUACGUUAUUUACAAACACUAGCCACCAUUGCAACAGAACAAAAUUCUACAAUUGUAUUUCCAUUACCCAUAGAAUUACUUCAAAGCGUUGUGUCAAAGAAGAAUUUAUAAUUACCUGCCUUUUUGUGUUCGCGUAUAUAUGUAUGUCUGUGAGGGAAUUCCCUUUUCAAACUCAUCCUGGUUCUCAUUUUAACUUUCGUUGUGUUCUGUAUUUGAUAUACUCAGCAGUAACUUCUCUGAAGUUACACUUUGACGGAAAGAAGUCACAUAUUCGUGUAAACCUUCACACACACACAUACUUAUAUAAGUUUCUAUACUCUAUUCUCAGGACAAUCUUACACUGCUCUAUAAACCAGUUAGUUGAACAUGCAAAAAACUUGUAUCCAUUCUACAUAAACCGAUUUUGUUAUUUUUAAAUAAUUAAAUAUUUUCUACUGAUAUAGGUAUAUAUUAGUAGUCUGGAUUAUAAGUAUGCAACUUUUCGCAUACUGGGUCAAUUUAUGACGUAUCCAUAUGUUGAGAAACUCUUUCUAAGAAUUAAAAUCAAAUGAGCUUGUUUUUUCUUAAAGAUAAAAUAUCCUACAUAAAAGUUAUUUGAAGG